AUGGAUUUGGUCCAUAAAAUUAGGGUUUUAGGGGAGGGGUCGUCGUCUUGGAGACCGGCGGUGGCGCCGCCUCAUCCGCCGAUUCAGCUCAGCCGCUACGAGGCGCAGAAACGCCGCGACUGGAACACGUUUGGGCUGUACUUGAAGAACCAGCAGCUGCCGGGCCACAAAAAUUUAAAACUCGGCCCUGAGUUCGGGAAGACUAAGGUUCACUUACAAGGCUGCGUGUACUUCGGGGAGCCGAAGCCGGCGGGGCUCUGCACUUGUCCCCUUCGCCAAGCGUGGGGCAGCCUGAACGCGCUCAUCGGACGCUUACGCGCAGCCUUCGAGGAGAACGGCGGCUUGCCGGAGAGAAACCCCUUCGCCGACAACGCCAUCCGCCUCUACCUCCGUGAAGUCAGAGACGCUCAGUCUAAGGCCCGAGGAAUCCCCUACAAGAAGAAGAAAAAUAAUACUAAUAAUAAUAAUAUCCUCCCGAAGCCUAAUAAUGACGAAACGCCCAACUUCCAUAUGCAAUCCUCUAUUCCUCUUGAUCUCUCCCUCCAGCUUUCAGGACGAAAAUGGUAA